GGAGGAGAGAAGGAGGACAGAUCGGAGGCAGAAAGCAGGAGGCGCAGCUUGCAGUCAGGAGGAUGCUGCGCUGACAUGCGGACCGUCGGCACGCUCUGAUCCGGACCGUGACGUUACCGGCUCUACCUGCACACCAGCCAGACCCGAGAGCUCAUUAUCUCCUGUGCAUUUUCUCCACCUUAUAUUUAUCUACACACCCUCCACCUCCAUCUCCACCACCUCCUCCUCCAACACCCUCUGGACCGGCUUUUGUCGCCAUGCCACCGGCCGCCUGCUCGGUCGGAUACCGACUCCGCAUCACCUUGUCCGCGGUGCUGUGGAUCGGGCUGCUGUGGAGCCGCGUCUCAGCAGGAGAUAAAGAAGUCCCCACAGCCGCCCCCUCCACCCAGCCUCCAGCGGCAACACCAGGGAGCACAAAGGAAAGCAGCCCCAAAGCCAAAAGCUCAUUGGCCGGAGGUUUGCUACAAUCAGUGCUGACUCAAAAAGGACGACUUGUCUCCCAGAAAGGGGAGAUCCUGCCCUCGGCUCUGCCCCAGAACCUGCUCCCUCUCCUGGGCAGAGGACUCAGCGUCGGCUCCCUCCCUGGAAGUCAUUCCCUGGAGCAUCAAAGCGGGGGAUUACUGAGGAGGGUAAAACCCCCGCCAUCAGCUGCAGUGUCAGGCCGAGGCAGCGGUCCAACUGAGCCUCUUCCCACAGACACACGCUCCCAGCUGCCUCGCACACAAACACACACACAUGCCCCUGAGCAGGAGGAGAUCACCACUGUGGGCACGAUGCUGGAAGGAGACACAGACACAGAGACAGAGACAGAGACACCUUCAUCAGCUUUGUCGAACUGCAUGGUGAAUUUCUCAGACCCAGAGGGAUACAUCGACUCCACUGAUGACCCCCCUCUGCCCGACGGCACCUUCUUGCACUGCACCUACACUGUGACCGUGUACACCGGCUACGGAGUGGAGCUGCAGGUGAAGAGCGUGAACCUCUCAGAAGGCGAGCAGCUGUCUAUCAGGGGUGCAGAUGAACGAGGCGCCCUUCUGGUCCUGGCCAAUCACACGCUGCUGGUUGAAGGUCAGGUGAUCCGCAGUCCCACCAACACUCUGUCCGUCUACUACCGCUCUGCACCGGAGGCGAGCAUGGGCAUCUUCCAGCUGCACUAUCAGAUCUUCAGGCUGAGCUGCUCACUGCCAAAGAGGCCUCACUUCGGGGAGGUGUCCGUGCUGGACCUGCUCCCCGGAGGCACCGCCCGCUUUCACUGCCACAUGGGUUACCACCUGGAGGGGGAGUCGAUGCUCACCUGCCUCAACGCCUCGCUGCCGGUGUGGAGCGGCAAGGUGCCCAGCUGCAGGGCUCUUUGUGGAGGCACAGUGAAGAACGCCACAGUAGGACGGGUGCUGUCCCCUUCUCCCCACCACGGGCCCAACGCCACACAGGACCGCUCCUGUUCCUGGUCCCUGGAGGCUCCCAAGGACCAGAGGCUGCACCUCCACCUGGAGAGACUGGCUCUGGGACCCACUGACAGGCUGGUGCUGUGGAGCGGGCUGGAUGCCGGCUCCGUGGUGCUGUUCGACUCGGGGCGGGGCGGACAGAUACCCUUUGAGGGAGUGAUCAGUGAAGGACCAGCUGUGAGGAUCCAGUUCAUCACCGAUCAGCCCAACCACAACACGGGAUUCAACAUCCGCUACGAAGCGUUCGAGCGUGGCCACUGCUACGAGCCGUACCUGCAGAACGGAAACUUCACCACCUCUGACCCUCUGUACAGUGUCGGAGCUGUGGUCCAGUUCACAUGUGACCCGGGUCACGCUCUGGAACAAGGCCCACCUGUCAUCGAGUGCAUCAGUGCGAGGGAUCCAUACUGGAAUGACACAGAGCCGCUGUGCAAAGCACAGUGUGGAGGUGACCUGACCGGUCCCGGCGGGGUGAUCCUCUCUCCAAACUGGCCGGAGUGGUACGGAGAGGGAGAGGACUGCAGCUGGAGGAUACACGUCGGGGAGGACAAACGGGUGCUGCUCGAUGUACAACUGCUGAACAUCAGUGACAGCGACAUGUUGACCAUCACCGACGGCGACGAGGUCACCACUCGUAUCCUGGGACGGUAUGUCGGAGGGAGCAGCCCCUUCAAGCUCUCCUCCACCACCCCCGACCUGACUGUCACCUUCCACUCCGAUCCAGCAGGGCUCGUCUUCGGCAAGGGCGAGGGCUUCAUCAUCAACUAUAUGGAGGUGUCUCGAAACGACUCCUGUCCAGACCUGCCUGAGAUCCAGAACGGCUGGAAGACCACAUCCCACAUUGCGCUGGUACGAGGGGCUCGAAUCACCUACCAGUGCGACCCUGGCUACGAUCUGGUGGGACGGGAGACCCUCACCUGUCAGUUAGACCUCUCCUGGAGCUCACAGCCGCCGUUCUGUGAAAAGAUCAUGUACUGCUCAGAUCCUGGCCACGUGGAGCACUCCACCAGGUCUCUGUCCGACCCGAAACUCUUGGUGGGGACGACCAUUCAGUACAGCUGCAACCCCGGCUUCAUCCUGCAGGGCGGCGCCACCAUAACCUGCUACGGCCGUGAGCCAGGGACCCCUGUGUGGACGUCUCGGCUCCCUCAUUGUGUUUCUGAGGAUUCUGUUUCCUGUGAGAACCCUGGGCUCCCUGACAAUGGCUACCAGAUCCUGUCCAAGAGGCUCUACCUGCCAGGGGAGUCGCUCACCUUCGUUUGUUACGAAGGUUACGAGCUCAUUGGAGAGGUUGCCAUUAAAUGCAUCCUGGGCAACCCGUCCUUUUGGAGUGGCCCACUUCCACUCUGCAGGGCCAACCAUGACUGCUUUGGCAACCAUGCUUUGGAAGUUGCAGAGGCGACUGCAGGCUCCACUCUGGAUGGAGGGAACGUAGCGCUGGCCAUCUUCAUCCUGGUUCUUCUGCUGUCAGUGCUGCUCGGAGGGGCUUAUGUCUACGUCACACGGUGCAGAUAUCACUCCAACUUAAGGCUCCCUCUGAUCUACCCCCAUCCUUACCGACAGAUCACCGUGGAAACAGAGUUUGACAACCCGCUCUAUGAGACCGGAGGGGACACUCGUGAAUAUGAAGUAUCGAUAUGAGAAGACGUUUCUGAGCCGAGACCGACCCGCCCCGUCCUAACUCUUCAUCCCCUCCUCCCUCCUUCUCCGCCCAGGAGGAGGCGAUGUAAAUACAAAAUAGAUGAUGUCCGGCCCCUUCUGCCACGAGACGCGGUGACUGAUCCUGUUCUCCCCUCCUUUUAAACGUGACAGCAUCUAAAGAUGGGAACGUGAUGGGAAACAGGAGAGGAGACAUGGAGGUAGGCGGAGUCAGUGUGGAUCAGUGUGGACGGGAGAUGGUGAGAGAUGGAGGACGGAGGGGGAAAAGACCCGAAGAUCAUCGAAGAACUUUGGACGUGGUGAGAAAAGAGGAGAUGUUGGGGAUAAUAGCAGUUAAGGAGGGGAGAAGGGGACGGAGGAGGGGACAGGACACAGUACGAGGAAUGUGGAUUUAGGGGAUUGAGGCACUUUUUAGUAUUUUUGUCAAAAAAAAACUGGAUUAUGUCUCAGAAAGAGAAUUUAAAGUUUUAAUCCUUAAGAUUUUCCUGACGUUAUACUCCACUUUUGAUACUACAGUACAGUAUACAGUGAGGUCAGACUCUUUUCUUCUCUCUAUAUUGUAGUUUUUAUUGCUUGUGGCUGAGUCCGCCAUUCCUACACUGGAUUCAAAUUAAGAUAAAACUUUAUUUAUCCCAAAGGAAGCUGCUGUGCAGCAGCUGAAAUGCAAAGUCGAAAGGGUGCAAAUCCAAAAAGUCACAUGAACAAUAAGGAGCAAACACAAAAAUACACAAUGAUUAUUUUCAUCUGUCAUUAAGUGUUGUAGUAUUUUGUUGCAGCAGUUGACAGUUUGCGACAGUUAUUGAUUCCAUUGAAAAUAGGAAUAUUUAAUACAUUUAAUACAUUUUUUUAUUGAACUGACAUUAGUAUAAUUAUUUUAGGAAUUAUGCAUGACUGAUAUUUUUUUAAUUAACACUUAAACCUUAACACUUAAACCUCACAUACACCCUGCAGUACUCCAGAGUACCCCUAAGGCAAACUAUGAAUUUAUUAUAUGACCUAGAUACUGAACUCAAAGAUGGCACCCACUCAAUUGAAUUAAAAACAGUUCAUCAGCCAAAAAACAAAUUCUAGCUUCCAGUUUUGCUUCUUCCCACAUGCUCGUUAGUGUUUGUUCCCACUUGGCCCAUAGACUUUACAUUUUGAUGAUAUCAUGCACUUUAAAAUCACUUUUCUAGGCUCUAGGAAAGUUUCACAAAAAUAAAUCCUCCAUGCAUUACAAGAAUACUUCACCUGCACUAUGAUCAUUUGUAUAUUGAUUACUCAUAGUGUGUUAUGUUGAAUUCAUGAGGAAAACUUUUUCUCACAUGCCUCCACGAACGGAGAAUCCAAAAAAGGUGAACAUUCUUCAUGAAUUGAAGACAAAGACCAUGAAAACAUCUGUAUGCAAACUAUCACACAACUUGUACAGUAUAAUCCAAGUCUCGUUUAUCCAGUCGUAUGCUCAGUACUUCCCAAACACAUGCAAUUUCACAACCACCGUUUCAUUUAAUUCAUGAGGAAUGUUCACCGUUGUUGGAUUCUUCGUUCAUCGCAGAGGCGUGUGAGAAAAAACAAAGGUUUCUUUACGAAUUCAACAUAACACACGAUGAGUAAUUGACACAAAUGCUCAUUUUUCAGGUAUAGUAAAAAUCAAUUAUAGAAAGAGUAAUAAUGAACAAUGACAGCAAUAUAGUCCACGAUGAGCAGCGCUAAAAUCAACCUGCGUAGUUGUCCCUCC